AAUGCUGUAACAGUCCAAAUUCCGCUUCGCCAUUCAUCUGCGGAGACUGACAGCUGCUUGGCACGCUAAGUGGCUUUAGUACCAAAUUACAUUAAUCAAAUUGUUUUUUGCUAGAAAAUAUUUUGCGAAUGUGUAGCGAAUCCGGGUUCAAGCGUCACGCGCCGCACGCAAAUCGAGCAGCCGCGGACCUCACGCCCACGCAAAUUGACCGUUUUUCGCAGGCGAAUAAAGGAAACGUGAUUACGCAAAUGGGCAUGCACGCGCGGCAAUAUCGCCAGGGGUGCAGUCGUGCGAUCCUUGAAUUCACAAUUGGGGCCGCAUGAGCUCUAUUUAUUGCGUGGCCUGAGCAAACAGGGCGCCAUUCGUCGUUCAACCACCAAAGCAGCGAUCCAAGAUGCUGACGUCCACCUGGGCGCACGCGGCCGCCGUCGUGGUGCUGGCCACCGUCUGCAUUGUCUCCUCCAUGCCGCAGCAGCGCCCGCAAGAUCGACCUUUCGUGGAUCAGUUUCGUGAGUACUACCCUGACGACAGGAAAUUCUUUUUUAACUACACGUAUGGCGACACUAGCAAGAGAGUAUUUUACCGAUCAAACACAAACCUAGACGAUAGAGGCAACCGAUUGCAACAGCAGCAGGAGCCGCAAAGACCGCAGCAGAGACCGGUGCAGCACGUAUCCGACAUAGACGACAACGGGGGUUACCAUUACGAAAAGCCUAAGGGACGACGUGGUCCUCCCGCUUCCAAGGUCCACUUCAAUCUUUUCAACGGCAACAACUAUUGAUCGGGUAGAUCUCGAUCUGCGCAAAUUUUUUCACAAAAGUAUAUCCAUCAGUUUUUUCUAUGUAUAAUGUCAACCUCAAGAGCAGCAGUGCACUUUUGGGACUGAAUUGUACGAGUUAAUUUAUGCAUAAAUUUUUUCUUUAAAAUUG